CUCUUGUCCAGUAGAAACUUGCAGUAUCCGACUAAUACUUACACAAUGGCUGAGGCAGAACCAGUACCAGCAGUACCUGACGUAGAUGAAGAUUAUGAUAAUGAAGAAUUUCAAGUCGCCGCCGAAGCAGCAGCAGCAAGGGAAGAUGCGUUACAGCUCCGGGGUGACAUCGAGAUGUUGAAGAGAGACGAAGGGCUUGCCAAGCAAGUGUGGACGGACCAGCUCGAGCGUGACCUCGAGAAGUUGACGAGAAUAAAAAGGCUUGCCCAUCGCGUGUGGACGAUUGGUACAAUCCCUUCGCGAUAUCGCCGUACUAUUUACACUCAGGUGUUUGAUAAUAUCAAUUAUCGCUGUAAUCAGGCCAAACCGUUCUUCAGCGACGCCUUCUACAUCGGUCCAGACGAGAGUGGACCUCGGAUGUGCAUGAAGAUUCACCCAAGCGAAACCCCAAAAGGAUUUUCCUUUUACUAUUGCCUAGUCAAGGGCAGAAAUGAUGAUGGGUUAGUUUGGCCGUUCAAUCACGCAGUCAAAGUGCAGUGUUUGCAUGACACUGAGGACAGAGUGAUCAUGGAGUUCACCAUCCAACCACCCAGUGACGCAGCGGCGAGUCUCGAUUACACCGACCAGCCGAUAACAGAUGGUCCGAUAACAGAACAUAGCCCAGGCUGGGGAAACCAGGGCAUGCUGUCGCGCGCCAUGCGGUAUGAAGCGGGAUCGAUACGUUCGGACAGGAUACGAAUACGCUACAUCGUGGAGUGGGUGCCGUAUUAUGAACCCGCUUUAGUUUAGACAUCGGAAAAUUGUUGUUGUCGUCGUCGUUGUUGUUGUUAUAUUUCAU